UCCGGGGAGGUGAGAAGUCGCUCGACUCGUCACACCUACAAAUACAAACAGCCAGUCCGACGGGUAAGACGGUGUUGACAUGUUUACGCUCUACAACCGAGCUAAAAUACUUCCUCUCCCCGGUUAGUUGCUCGGCGGUGUGAUAAUCUAACGUUUCUAAACAAGCUUCGUUUCUCGACGCUUUCAGGCUAUAAAAGCAGCAGUCUGGUUGCAACAAGAGCCGUUGCACAUGGAGGUAGAGGAGAUGGAAGAUGAAGGACCUUCGCUCCAGAGGGAACCUCCACACGUCCAAGAUCUCCGUCUUGCACCGCCGGAAUCAUUGUGUCUGGAGAGCUCGGCGUUUGUGGAUAAGAGAGCGGUGGGCGAGCUCACGGAGGGAUUACUCUCUCACUACCUACCAGAUCUACAGAACUCUAAACGAGCCCUCCAAGAGCUCACACAAAAUCAGCUGAUAUUGUUAGACACACUGGACCAAGAGGUCACCAAGUUCAGAGACUGUAACGCCUUACUGGACCUCAACUCACUGUUUACAGAGGCGAAGGUUUAUCACAACAAACUGGUGAACAUAAGGAAAGAGAUGAUUGUGCUCCACGAGAAAACCACCAAACUAAAGAAAAGAGGGUUGAAGCUUCAGCAACAGAAGCAGAAGGAGGCGCUGGAGAACGAGCAGCGGCACGAGAAGGAGCGCGAGAGAGAAAGGCAGCUCGUGGCCAAACCUGCAAAAAGAACUUAGGAUCCCCAAGUACGUCUGCUGUAUAAAGGGGUCGCGCCGGGGCUUUUUGCAUUCAUAACGUAUUACUGCUGACUGUUUUCCAAAGCAAAAGUAUUUUUUGGGGCAAGAGAAUCAAUCAAUCAGACAGGCAGAUGGUGGGGAGAUUUAGUUUUUUUACAAGGUUUUAGUUUUUUUACAGGAUUUUUACAAUGUUUUGUUGCCUAUGUCAAGCAGGUUUUAUGUUUAUUUUUUUUCAUUUCCAUUGGAAUUGUUAGGAAUCAACUUGGCUCCACCUAAAAUACAUAGGGCAUUUAGUUUGCCUUUGUUUCCUACAGUAUUACAGAAAAGACUGUAAAUGUCGUGCUUAACUUUUGGGACGCGAGUUGUGAUCUGGUAACUUGACUCCUGUUGUUUCUGCACAUGGAGGACGACACUCGCCCAUCUUGAUACUUAGAGGUGACAAGAUCUGUUUUAAUUGAAGGUGGGAAGCUGUCUUUGCGGAAAGAAAUGGAUUGAGAAAAAAAAAUCCAUUCAAAAAUCUUCAAGACUAAUAAUAAGGGUAGCGUAAUGAACUUUAGGAAAUAGUCCACUUAACAGUAUAUGUGAUUUUUGUUGUUGUAAAUGGGCCAAAACGUGCACAAAGUGUGGUGGGAUCCUUUAUGUUGCCAAGAUCACCACAAACCAAAGACAUGGGACUAAAUCAUCAAAUGCUGGUACUUCCCACCAUCGACCUCUGAUGACACACACAAACUCCAGCUCUUCUUUGAGGGUGGAACAAAUUACUCAAAGACACUUGCAGCCGUUGGACAAUGACAUGGAGGAGAAUCAAUGAGUUUGUGGGUUAAAGAUAUAGUGUUAAUAUAUGUUAUUCCUGUUAGUGCUGAAUGUUAAAUAACAGGAAUGCUGUUUCAGUUGGUCUGCACUAAAGUUAACUGACUGUGUUUCCAGGUGUUAUGAGAAUGGAUGAUAAUACCAAAUCGUGUACAUUUGUUGAGCAGACUUUUCAAGAGGCUUCUUAUCCACUACUUUUGCAGUACGCAAUCUGACCCACAAUCCUUUGUGCAGCAGAUCUAUGAGCAAGAGGGUCAAAGUUCAAGAUGCGUAGUAUGUCCCAAGUGAAUGCGUAUUGCAUGCAACAGUACACACUUUGUAAAAAUAGCUGCAGUAUGCUCUAAAAGUAAAAUUCAAUAAAUGUGAUUUGGAACACGGA